AUGCCUCCACCUUGGAUCCAGAAUCACAAACAGCCCCGGAAUGGCCUCCUCCAACCCAUGCCUCAGAGAGUGGCAAUAGUCCCCUCAUAUUCAGUUCGACCGUGGACAGCCCGCCGCCUACGCUACUUUAGGCUGUCACUCGCAUGGAGGUGGGUGCCCCUAUUAGGACGAGCUGUCAAGCAGAAUGACGGAUUCUUCAAGGUGGCCUGCCAAGGCACCUCGCGAAAGGUGUGCAUCCUCUACCCGCAACCAAUCACGAUACGGCCCGUCCCCAUUGCGUGCCGCUGCUCCGCAUCCCCCGUGAUGCCCGGAGUCUUUCGAGUCCGAGAAUUCCGAAGCGGCCCAUCCUAUGACCGGCAUCACCUGCAGUAUGGCAUGGGACCCUCCCGGGCCUCUGUGAAUCUCUCAUUCGGAGUGUCGAACCUACCUAGUAUAGACCCAGAUGGAUUUCCACUGGUGCCUGGAGUCCUGCCGCAGCCUCACAUACCAUGCUCGCAUAAGCGACAAGACUAUUCGCAAGCACUCGUACAAACAUAUGUUCCAGGAUCUAUCGGGAGGGAGACAGUAAACCAUGGGAUAAGUUUCCAGUCUUUCUCGGCGCUUCUGGUGUCGUAG